CCGCGUUUGAAUAUCGUGGUUCCGAAUACCGCGCUUCUAGAUAUAUUACUAUUCUCUUCAGCAGCGUUCGCGACAAACAUCCUGCAUUACGACUAUGUUGGUGAGUCACAGACUGGAAAAAAUUUAUGGUGACUUUCGCAUGCGAUUCGUUGAACAAAAAAGUGAUAUAAAUCGCAUUUUUCUUGUAUCGUCUAAAUAAUAUUUGCAUAAAUGUUACGGAGAAGAAACUUUGCAAGAAAUGUAAUAGCAUGAAACACGUACUCUUCGGAAAGGCAAUCGCGGAUAGUAAUCUGUGGAAAAACAUUACGAAACUUGGCCAUCAUAUUGGCAAGCAAUCGAGCGCAAGAAGCUCAUGCAUCUGCAAUCAUUGUGUUCGCGUACGUGUUAAUACGCCUGACGAUUUACGUCUCGCGACUUUUCUGCCCAUGUUUCGCAUCGCGAUCGCGAGUGAAGCGCAGUGAAAUGAAGCGUGAUGAUCGAGGUCCAGUGAAGUGGAACGUAGCGAAGUGCAAGAUUGUAAAAAAACGUUUCUUUCCAACGCAAACUCAUUUGAAUAAUCUUGUGCCGCUACAUGUAAUUUACAUGCGUCGAACUCGUACAGUUGGAGCUCGGCGCGACGUAAUCCCAUGCGCCGAAAAUAAUUUGCUCGUUAAUUUCCGUCGGCCGAACGGCAAGUUUCAUAAUAUAUAUAGCAUUUCUCUUUUUCUUUCCCGAUAGCGCGGCCCGAUAGCGACGCCGCGCCGCCGUAAUCAAGAUGUAUCCGUGUCAUCCGGAGAAAAAACUUAGCUCGCGCUGUCAUAAGGUCGAUGAAUCCCUCGCACACGUAUCCCAGUGAAAGUAUGUGUCCGUCUACCCCACCUUGAGCCCCGCGGAACUCGUGCACGUCGUGGAUCCGAGGAAGGGAUCAACGCGCAGGUAUACUUAUAUCCCACGUUGCUAGGUAGACUCGCGGCGCGUAGAGCCGAAUCGCCCCAGUGUCUGGACCCAUCGUCGACACUUUCGAAUCACACUGGCCAAAAGUGGAGACGUCCGUUAUGGUUGAUGUCGUGGUCGGUGCGACAAAGCCACGACAAAGCGCGUUGCGGUAACUUAACACCCGGAAGAAACGGGAAACGAAUCUCGGAUUUUCUUCACUGAAAAUCCGCGAUUGACCGUGAAUCGAAAUUUCAUUGAUCGCGAAACGAGCUAUCGUUCCUUCCGAGGGCCUGAAGGGUCCUGCUCGUCCGAGUCGAGUUUUAUCGUCAACGACUAAGGUCGUCCUCGAGCCAGCGAUCCUGCUCUGGAUCGCGUAAUCGCUUAUCAGGGGGUGACAUCGCACGGCGAUUGAUCAGCACGCGAUGCCAAUUAAGUGACUUCGCGGCCACCUUCCCGCCGAGACGCCUGCCGUGCUCACCACAGGAGAGAAGGCUCUGUCACGCAGGGGUGAAUCAUAACGGUGUAGAUCGAAAUGGCGAUCGCGUGGCGAUGCCUAAUGCCAAUCUUUUUCCUGAUGGUCACUCGAGGCGAACUCUGCACGGAGUAUGGAUGCCCGGGACGGCCGCAGUACGAGCCCUUCGUCCCUGCGCCACCAGGACAUACCCCCAGCUGUGCGCCACCAGGUCAAACCUUCUGCGAAACGUUGGACCAUUAUCCUCGUCAGCUCAUCAAGUUUCUCGUCGACAAAUGCAGCUUUGACUUUAGCACCACGUUACGAGAUGAAUCCCGCGAAGACUUCAACGCUUACAGUUCUCCGCCGGAUUAUGGUCAAGGCUACGACUAUCCGCGACAAGAUGAUAGUCAAUUGUACCCGCAGCUUCCUCCAGAAAGACAGCCAGCUCCAGUAUAUGGGCCUCCGUCCAACGAUACUCGAUAUCACGGCUACAAGUAUUCUACACCAGCACAGUCGCAGCGCAAUCCUUUUCUUCCGGAAGUGGCUGUGAAGUAUGAUAAUCGGAAUGUCCAGAGACAAGUCGAUCACGUUUACUCGCAAGAGACCUUAAGUACGCUUGGACCGAACCAAUCGUGGUUGACCAACAGAUACUCGCGGAGCGACAAGAUUGCGCCGCGAACUUAUCGCGUGAAUCCAUUGUUGGGAUAUGCGAAACUGAAGGGUGAUCGCGUGAAGAGGCAGUCGAAUCCGGAUGCUAUCGCCCUGUGCCGCACACAGACGCAGUACAUCGCGCCCCGAGCAGCUCUGAACAAUCAGGGCAACUGGAUGUACGUUGUUAAUCUUCCGGGACAGAACGACAAGUACACCCAGCUCGUCAAGAGCGAGAAAUGCUUGAACGACGAGUGCAACGGUAUAUGUUCCAUUCCCGAGGGAUACAGGGGCAGGUGCCAGCAGCAGUUCGUGCAAAAGAGACUAAUCGCGCUCGAAGGAAGCGGAAAUCGACUUUAUACCGACGUGUUUUGGUUUCCACACGGCUGCACGUGUCAGAUCAUACCAGAAUAUUGAGAAAAUAACAAACCGCAUCGUACUAGCGAGCGACUAGGAUUUUAUUGUUUCUACAAAGGGUACUGCAUUAAAUAUGCACAUCCUUUUCUUGUUCACGCCAUUAAAAAUGCGACGCCCGCGCCGUGACGCAGAGCGCGCUUCGUAUCAGCGUCGAAAGCGGAUAUCGAUAAUGUAGCGUUCUAUGAACGAUAUAUGUACAUGUAUCCGAGCAAGAUUCAACGUAUAUUACCAGCGGCGUUAAAGUAGGAGCGGACGAGAGCAUUGUCGGUUUAGCUUGUUUCGCCGCCUCCAUUGCUAAUUGCAAAAAUGCAAAAGUGCAAAUUCCAAGCAUAAAUUUAUUCGAGAAGAUUUUACUAUCAAAACGCUUCGUAAUGAAUUUGGCAAGAGGUCUUUCAACGUGGAUCGGUAUUCAUAACGCACUAACCUAGUGCUAAAUACGUAAGAUACGAAGACAGAUCUUUUAUUUUAUAUGGAAAAUUCAGAUAUUCUUUAUUAUUCACUUUUCAAUAUUUUGCAGCUUACAAUUUAUUCAGAAUUUUAUAAUUACUAUGAAAAUGCGUAAUUUUUCAGCAGAAUCAUGCGAGAAUUAUUAGAGUUCUCGAUAUAGGUGUAAUGUUUCGUUAAUAAUUAUUUCUAGUUUAAAAGCAAGUAAGAGUUUGAUUUGUAUAGGAGUAUCUUUUGAUAAAUGGUUAAAUAAACUGUCAUGAUUCAGUUUUUAUAUAUAUUUUUAUAUACAUACAUACAUAUUAGAAAAGAUGUUGCUCUAAUGAAAAUCAGUAGAAGCCAGAGAGAAUGUCACAUAUUGCACGAGACUUGAAAGCAAAUGCUCUUUUAUGUAUAUACUAUUUGUAUACGAGUAGAUAACAAAAAGACAAUAUAA